AUGCGUGAAUCAAACUUCGCUUUUCCGGCGCAGAAUAGGGCUUGUGUGUGUAUAACGUCUCAACUUUAUGAUAGGCGAGCGUUGGAUACAACCUCGCCAUUGCCGCUCUUCAACUCGCUUACGCAGCUGGUAUACCUCACAUCGACUUCUCCGAGAAUCCGAGAAAUUAUGACCAUGGACGGUGGACUCGAGCGCCUAGUACGCAUCCUUCAUGACUUCUGCAUAUGCCCGCCGCCGCCAGAGAAUCCCGCCAUGCUGUAUGGACUUUCCCCGCCCACCGCACGGCCGAACAAACUCGUACCCACUCUCAACCCGCCAUCCUUCGAUAAACACGCUGCCUACAGAUUCUCGCUCGCUUUCCAGUGCCUGGUCAACAUUGGCGUGAGAGGCAGCGAGCCGAUCAGAAGUCGUGUCGUUCAAGCGGGGACAUUGGACGUUGUGGGGUGUAUAUUAGAGGCGUGGCUUGCGAACAAGGGAUUUGCGGUUGGGCCCAGCGCGAGUGCCACUGGUAUGCCCAGGGAGACGAGGGAGCAGCGUCAGGCAAGGCGGAUGUUGCAGAACGAGCAGAGACAGCGUCAAGAUGUUGAUGAGCUAUAUAGGGCUCUCAUCCGGCAGCAAAUGGAGCAGCAGGCGGAGGGACGAUCAGCAGAACCUGAGGAUGAGGCUAUGGAGGAUAACACAGCGACCGCGCGCGACAGCAACUCUCAGCUCUCCGCCUCUCGUCCAGGAACAUCGGAAUCCCAAUCUAACAGCGAUACCGACACAUCGACUGAUACGUCCGCGAAUACGACCCCUAUCGGCUCUACGACACCCACAACGACAGUUCUCGUUCCAGGAAGAGAAAGGAGUGGCACAGUCAUCGGAAGAAGAGUAUGGGACGAUGCGCCAGCCCAACCCACCCCUCCCCAUACUGCAACGCGUCAACGCACGAUCCGAGCCCGUCCAAGUCUCGUCGAGCACCUUCGUGCUUCGCCUACUCCGUCUUCGGACACGUCGCGCCCAGAGACAGAGACGGAAGAUGACGGAGACGCUGAGGGAGACCUGGACGCCGAUCGCGAUGGGGAUAUUAACAUGGAUCGUCGACGACGAUUGCGCCAGGCCAUAGUGCCCUCCGCCUCCCCUUCGCCUGAGCGUCGGCCUUCCGUUUCGAUCACCCGUCCAACCCGUCGCACUGUGGGCAUCGUAUCUGAUGAUCCUCCAGCCACCUCCAUCAUUAUUACCGACGCUGGCGGAAGCGUUGACGUAGUCGCAGUUGGAGGCGAUGGAGGCGUGGAGGAAGGAAUCGUAUCAUUGGAUCAGAACGACGACUUCGCUAUGGGCGCGCCACCAGGUGCUCCAGGUGCUAUCGAUGAUGGUACAGGAGGCCGUCGCGUCGAUCUUGAUCUUGGGUUGGGCGCGCCAGAGAGACGGCUUUCGAUACCCGGCGUCAAUGGACCAGACAUCACCCCCCGCGCUGGAUUGGUCAAUCUCCCGGCCGUGCCUUCAGGCGACCACCGUGGUGCGCAAGGUCAAACGCCCCGCGGACGAGGCGUAGCUGCCGACGGUCGGCGUUUGAUCGACCCGUCAACAUUCCCUCCCCAACUUACUGCCACCGUACCGACGCCAGUCAGCCUCAACACCCGGGCCUCCCCCUCCCAUCAUCAUCGCGAUACCGACUCGGGACCCUACCGGGACGAAGAUGUCGUCCUCAGCCUGCAAUUACUUGCAUAUCUCAGCAAGUACCCUCAUGUCAGGCAAGCUUUCUACAAGCCUCGACUCUCCUUCCACCCGGCAAGCGCGCAGCUACCUGGCCGGAGCUACCCCGGAGGUGUACAAGCGAGCGAGCCCGACACCUCUCGAGCUACUGGUAAAGCCCCCACCGCUACAAUGAAAGACACUCUGCUGCGUACAUUCGGAAGAGGAAAGGAGAAGGAACGCGCGAACGCCUCUGUCUAUGGCUCCUCGAUUGCGGGGCCGUCAUCAUCAACAACAUCAUCAACCAACCCCAUCCCAUCAACUACGAAUGGACCUUCUCCGUCGUCUUCGGCCUACAAAGCGUUCACGUCAUCUCCCAACCCCCAACCCGUCCGCCAAACCAACGUCUUCUCCUUGGUCGAGCGCUUUACGUUCCGACCUAGCGCUAGCGAGUCGGAUUUACCGAACGCGCCACCGAAAUUGCCCCAAGAGAUACAAUACUGGGCCGGAGUGAUUAUGCGAAACGCGUGUAGGAAGGAUGAAAGUCGCGGUGGCAUCAGGCAAUGUGCCAACAUGCUCUGCGGUCGCUGGGAGUCGUAUCCACGGGAGUUUGCAAAGUGUCGGCGCUGUCGAAAGGCAAAAUACUGCGGAAAAGAAUGCCAGAGCACUGCGUGGAGUGAGGGGCACCGAUUUUGGUGCAGUGCUAAGGACGGCGACGACGAAACAGUGCACGCCCACGACUCGGGUUCACGUAACACAGUGGCGGCGGCGGCGGCGGGAGUCGCUUCAGCAGCCCCUGGGAUAACGCCGACACCCGACACUGAGGGUGUUGGUGCGGUUCGCGUCACAAUCAUGGGCGACGCGGCUGAUACGGCUACAGGAGACAUUGGGACCACUGGGGAAGGUCUCGCAGUUACGGCGGGAGGAACGAUUCGAGCUGGGACACGCCAACGAGUCAUGGCACUCGAGCCGCGUGCUAGACCAUCCUUACCAGGCCAGCAUGAGCGUACGGAGGACGCCCUCGUGUUUGCGGGGUUACGGGUAGGCGGCGCGGGCAGAAAUAUCGGACCCAACGGGAUGGACGUCGACCCCAACGGCAACAUACUGAGAACCAUGUUCGCCGCAGCACCAGGAACCACAACCAUGAACGCUACGACUGGCCGUACGCGGAGGGCCGAUGAGAUACAGGCGCCACCUAGUUAUCGUAGCGUCUAUGGCGGCUUGGGCACUCUGCCUACUCCCGAACAACGUGCGGCGCGGCGACAAAAUAACGAUUACGAUCCACGUGAAGUCGCUGAGAUCCUCGCCAUGUACACCCACCCGCCAGGCCGCGCUAUGACGAUUGCCCAGAACAACCCCAUGAGGAUGCGACGGCUUGAGCAGCUUCGUAUUCAGAUGGCUGAGCAGCAGGCUAGCGGAAGUACCGAUCCUUAUUCGCCUUCAAGUACUUCUCCCACCCAGGCUUCCCCUCGUCGACGUCUCACCGGGCCCUCCUCUGAAACACUUAACAUACCAUCAACGGUCGAUUCAACCCCUACUUCGGGUACGGUAUCGCCGACAGCACGACGGCCCACGUUGGACGAGCUUCGAAGGCACUAUCAGGCCACGGAAGCUGACCAGGACAUGGUCAUGGGAUGA